AACAAAACAUAAUCAGGUAAUAAUGUUAUUUUUGGUACUCAUGAAACUCCAUAGACCCACCCACACCCUGUUGCCUUGUAAUCUCAUUUUUUGAGGAGAACACCCAUUUGGUUGUGUUGCUCGAAUGACGACGUUUUCAAUUGGGACACACUUGUCCCUGUUCCAGCAUUUGCGCAACUCCAAACUUCCCCUCCAUGGUCUGUGCACCGUUGAACCUCCACCCUUCUUUGGCUCCUCUUCUUGCAGAACCAGAUUCACGGGUCCAAUUCCCACGUUGCUCCGUCGCAAUGUAUUGGCACGUGCUGAAGAUAAGGCCAGAGACCCUACAUCUUCGCUUCAGACUCAACAAAGUUCACAGUCACAGAACUUGACACCGGAAUCUGGAAAUUGCGAUCCCCUCUGUUCACUCGAUGAAACAAGCUCACAAGAGUUUGAAGAACGCUACCAGUCUAAGACUGAUUCGCUCAAAGCUGUAGCAAUAUUAGCAGCUGCUGCAACUGGAGCAGUGGCAAUUAACCAUUCUUGGGUGGCCACCAAUCAGGAUCUUGCUAUGGCUUUGCUAUUUGUACUAGGUUAUGCAGGGAUCAUUUUUGAAGAAUCUCUAGCCUUCAAUAAAAGUGGCGUGGGACUGUUGAUGGCUGUAAGCUUAUGGGUGAUACGGAGUCUAGGGGCUCCUUCAACUGAUAUAGCUGUUUCAGAGCUUACACAUGCAUCUGCGGAAGUCAGUGAAAUAGUAUUUUUCUUGCUUGGUGCAAUGACCAUUGUUGAGAUUGUUGAUUCUCAUCAAGGAUUUAAGCUGGUUACUGACAAUAUAACAACCCGAAAUCCACGCCUCCUCCUCUGGGUGAUUGGAUUUGUUACGUUUUUUCUCAGUGCAGUUCUAGACAACCUUACAUCCACCAUAGUUAUGGUUUCCCUAUUGCGGAAAUUAGUACCUCCAUCUGAAUAUAGAAAGAUUCUUGGAGCUGUUGUUGUAAUAGCAGCAAAUGCUGGGGGUGCAUGGACUCCUAUCGGUGAUGUUACAACUACUAUGCUGUGGAUACAUGGCCAAAUAUCUACAGUUCAAACAGUGAAGGGUUUAUUUGUGCCUUCAGCCGUUUCUCUGGCUGUUCCACUGGCUCUAAUGUCUCUGACUAGCGAAGUUAACGGGAAGGGACAAAAUUCUCCCAAUGUCUUGGCAUCUGAACAAAUGGCUCCUCGAGGACAGCUUGUUUUCUCAGUGGGUUUAGGAGCUUUGGUUUUUGUCCCAGUCUUCAAGGCUCUAACAGGUUUACCUCCUUACAUGGGAAUGCUGCUGGGACUCGGUGUGCUUUGGAUCCUCACAGAUGCAAUCCAUUACGGUGAAUCUGAAAGGCAGAAGCUAAAAGUACCACAGGCUCUCUCAAGGAUAGACACACAAGGAAUACUAUUCUUCCUGGGAAUUCUAUUAUCCGUUAGCAGCCUGGAGGCAGCAGGGAUUCUUCGAGAAAUAGCAAACUACCUUGAUGCACAUGUUGCUAGCAGUGAACUGAUUGCAAGUUCUAUUGGUGUCAUAUCUGCAGUAAUAGACAAUGUUCCAUUGGUUGCUGCAACAAUGGGAAUGUAUGAUGUCGUUUCUUUCCCUCAAGAUUCUGAGUUCUGGCAAUUGAUUGCAUUUUGUGCCGGAACCGGGGGUUCCAUGUUAAUUAUUGGCUCAGCUGCUGGAGUUGCAUUCAUGGGGAUGGAAAAGGUGGACUUCUUUUGGUACUUACGAAAGAUUAGUGGCUUUGCUUUUGCAGGUUAUGCUGCUGGUAUUGUUGCCUAUCUAGCACUUCAUCAACUCAACAUCUCCCUACCAACUCUAGCAGAGGUUCCUUUCCUCUCUGGUUCAUAAAUAAAAAAGUUCAGAACUCAUUUGAUUCGGUUUUCAUGGCAUCAAAAGCAACAUUUCCAAAACUAAGAUCUUGGUAGACAAGAAGUUAUUUAGAGGGAGCAUAUCAGGUAACUCUAGAGGAAAUAAAAACAGCUAAUCGUAGUUGAUUGAAUUUCAUUGUUUAGAUAAAUUUUGCUUAAACUUUCAUGCUCUUGAUGCAUCAUGUAUGUAUAUAUUUUGUUUAGGACCCUCAAGUACCUUAAAAUGUAUACAUCACCAGGAUUCAACAUAUGGUUCGGUAAACCUCAUAUUACCAAACACAAAUAGUUUGUAUUUUCUUGGAGACAAGUUUUGGUGCAAUAACCAGAUAGCUGCUGUCCUGUGUUCCGGAGGUCACAUCUUCAAAUAUUGAAAUUUUUUAAAAUUUAAUGUGGAUGUUCAGUUACCUCCAAGAUUGUAUAUUGUUUAAAAUUUAAUGUGGAUGUUCUAAAUGUGUAUCCAUAUAAAGGAUCAAUAACUGAUUUGAUCAUUUGGCUAGUUAAA